AGAGAGAGAGAGAGAGAGAGAGAGAGGGAGAGAGAAGCUUGAGACAUGCAGAUGAGCAGAGAGUGAGACGGGGGGAGAGAGAGAGAGAGAGAGAGAGAGAGAGAGAGAGAUGCAGAUGAGGAUAGUUAUUGGGAGCGAUGCUGGGAAGUGGCCUGAGCGAGAUUUCCAAGUCAUGGUCAAGAUCGUUUUUAAUUGGUUCGUGUGGUGAUGGGGAAGUGUGGAGAGAAGAGGAGAGGGAGGUAAUCGAAAUGGGUUGCUAAUGGGGUUUGUGCGCCCGCUGCCCUCCACAGGCGGAGGGCCUGCAUCAAAGGCCAGGAGGCGAAGUACUGGCGGUCAUCGUAAUUCAAAUCGGUAAGAUUGUUUGAGUUGAUGUCAUCUGUCGAUGGGCAACUAUGUGAUGAUAGGGGUAGAAGAGGGGGGAGGAGUCGGGAAGUGGGGGGGGAGGUCAUUUGGCAGAGGGUGUUAACUUUUAAAUGUGGUGUGAUGAUUAUCGUUUGCUCUCUGUUGAUGUCAUCGUUGGAGGUCCAUUAGAAUGAACAGGUACAGAGGAGGGAGGAAGAUGGAAUUGAGAUUACGAAUACUAAGGAAUAGUUUCAGAUUUUUGCAUCGUCUUCGCGGCGACGUGGUCUGCAUUGGUAGCUAGCUUAUGGGAAGAUCAGGAUCAUGGGCAAACGGGAAGGCAGGUGUAAAGUAGCCAGGGUUUGUGUUCUGUCCAUUCAGUUUGUCCGAUUUAUGUGAUUAACACUUUUUUGUCCUCUCCCGAAUUACAGGAGAAAUUAGAGGGUGGAACAUGAUGAUGAUGAUGAUGAUGAUGAUGAUGAUGCGGGGAGGAGGAAGAUGGGGAGGAGGAAGAUGGGGAGGAGGAGGAGGAGGAGGACACCGUUGUGAGAGUAUAGGAUUCUGAUGGUCAUUAUUCGUAGAGAUGAUUUGUACUGUAUGUGGCUAGGAUCAGGUGUUAGUUUCACUAACUAGCACACACACACACACAAAGAGAGAGAGAGAGAGAGAGAGGGAGAGAGAUUUGCUAGUGAAGUGGAGGAUGUUAGGCAUUGAGGGUUUAGGACGCCGGCAUUUGCCGGGAAUUGUACAAUGUUAAAAAUAUGAUCCGUGCGAAUUGGGAGAAGUAUUUUCUUGAAGUUUGUGAAGUCCAACAUUCAGCAGCACUGCCGAUUUCGCAGAUAUCACUCUCACCCAUUCUCUUUGUCCUUCUCGUGCACAAAGUUCUGUCUCAUGCUCGCAGCAAAGGUGCCGGCUUUGUGCAGGCACUUGCAGAUGGAGUGCUUUUAUAUCAUUGGUUGUGGCUGUUGUCUUUUCAGUGUUUUCACAUCGGUGUCUUUUACCAUCUGGCUCUCUUGCAUGGUGAUGGCUGAAUGCAUUCACCACGGUUUUCCGGUUUUGUUCAUUGAGACCUUCGUUUCGUUUUUGAUUCUUAAUGAUUGGUUCCCUUCAUCUUCUUUCUCCUCUCCUUCUUCUCCCACAAUACGGCCAAAGGUGUUCCCUCUAAUCGCCUUCUUUGGUGCAUCCGUAAGAUGGCCUUCUCCUUGGGAUGAUGGCUAGCCGCGAACUCGACAGACGGAGGAAGAAGCCAAGAAGAUGCCCAGGCCUGUGGAUCUUCGGUUGGCCUCUGUCGUCAUUUAGUGCACCCAUUCUAGCGCUUGCCUCGAUUGGGAGGGAUUCUGGCUUUCCCUUUUUGUUGGGAUAGAAAAGUCAAAGUCAAAGUCAAAGUCAAGAGACAGAGGAAGAAGUGGAGAAUAUGCCCCCCAGGCCUGUGGAUCUCCGGUGGACCUCUCUGGUUAUCUAGUGGCAGCCUUUCUAGGUCUUUGCCUUGAUUGGGAGCGGUUCUGGCUUUCCCAGUUUGUGUGGUUUUCCAAGGUGGCGCCAUUUUUUUUGCGAACUCGUUUUGCAUCCUCACUACUCGUUUUCUUUUCGGAUUUUUCCUGAAAAGGGAUUUUUAUAGGGAUUAAAAAAGGGGGUUAUUAUAUUUUAUGCUAUGCGCUAUGCUUGUCGACCUGUCUCGGCCUUUGUUUCUUCACAUUUUCAGCGUUUCGUCCAUGGUUCACGUUCCUUGUGCUUAUGCGUCUUUCAUGCUUCAGCAGAUCUACAGAGGAGAAGAGGAAAGAGCAGAGGAGUGGCUUCAGCAUGCAACGGGUGACCAAUCGCGAUGUGGUUUCGGUCAGUGUUUUUUUUUGUUAAUUGAAUUUUGCUUGGAUCUUGAUGGGGCCAGUGCUCCGCGAAUGUGGCCCUGCUUCCGUCUUGGUGCAAAGACAGUUUUCCCAGAAUGGCCAGAUGAUAUUGCGAAGUGCCGGAAAUGCAAAGGGAGGCUUCGUUGAGAAUUCACUUUUUUUGUUGGCGGGAAGGUGAAAGUUGGCAGGACGGUGAAAGUUGGCGGGAAAGUGAAAAUUGGCGGGAAAGUGAAAGUUGGCGGGAAAGUGAAAGUUGGCGGGAAAGUGAAAAUUGGCGGGAAAGUGAAAGUUGGCGGGAAAGUGAUUGGAAAGAUUGGGCACUAGUGGUGAGGCCAAAAGUAAAGCUUGAUAGACAAAAGUUUUGAGGCGUUAGCUUGUUCUUUGUGUCUCGAGGAGAUGGUUCGUAGGAUGCCUACCUUCUCAGCAGGUUCAAGGAGGAGGUGAUUCUCCCUCGGAGGAGUUUAAAUUUUGAGGCUUCUGUUCGAUCUUCUCUGAGUUCCUUGUUGAUCGAGUCAUGACUCGUGGGUGAGGUUUUUUUUUUUUAACUUUAUAUUUUUCGACGUUUUGGUUGAUUCUGUGUGCAUUGGAGAGAGAGGAAAGAAUGCUGAGUGUGGAUGCGAUAAGAGAGUGAGUGGCAUGUAGUUAUUUUGUGGAAGCAAAUCUUGUUUUUUUCAUUUUUUUCAAAUUUUUUUGCAUGUUGUAUUUAUGUAGUUCGACUGCCUUUUUUUUUCCGACGCUGCUCGUCUUAGUCCUCUUUUAGGAUUUUGAAUUUUUCAGUGGCAAUCUGAGCGAUUCACGUUUUUUGCAUCUUUGUCCUUGUGCUGUAGGGUUUCUUGAUGGUCCUGCUCUACUGUCUUCACUGUAAUGCAACAAGCGGUC